AUGGGUACAAAUGUUCAAGGCCGUGUAAUUGCCCGACAGGCCGCUUUUAAUGCGCUUGCUGAGGACCUCGUGGCCCAAACGACAGAAGCUCAGACGUUUCUAGUGGAGAAGAAGAGUGAAGUCUUUACGACGCAUCACUCGGCGCUUAUUAAAGUGUUACAAAGUGUCCGUGGGAAAGAACUUGUGGACUUUUUGGAAAAGUGGUUAAAGCCUGAAGAAGUCGAAGAGGCCGUUGUUGAAGUCGAGAAGAAGGAGGUCGAGGAAGAGGCUUGUAAGACGGAGGAAGAGGCUCCGGAGGAAACGGAAGAGAUAGUUUCUCCAAAGGAGGAGAAGGAUGGGAAGGUUUCUCCCAAGGAGGAGAAGGAAGAGAAGGCUUCUCCAAAAGAGGAGAAAGAAGAGAAAGCUUCACCUAAGGUGUCUCCUAAGGCCUCAAAGAAGAAGAAGGAGGAGCCGUCACCAUACCGCCCACGUGCUAAGGAGAUUGCUGAAGCUCUAGUGCUUGCGGGCUUUAUCACUCCAUACAAGGACCGUGUCAAGAACUACUUGGCUGAUGCUCCUAAGGAGUACGUGACCGACAAUGAACUGUUCGUCCCACUUUCUGACACCAUUACGGAAUCUAAGGACACGACAGUGUGGAGUGUCGUGGACGGUGCGAUCUACGCGUCACAAGUGAAGCGUAAAGCUGGCGUGUUCUCUGCUUUUACUCAAGGCAAAGACGUGUAUGUUGUGGCCAACGAGAAGACAAAGAAGAUUUACUUUUUUGAGUCUGACGUAGCACGUGCUGCCCUUGCUGAGUACAACACAGCUGAUGUCUUGGUCCAAUUUGACAACUCUCAUUUCCAGUUCGGUGUCAAGCUGGUGCACGGUGAGAAGUUUGAGCUCCUUAAUCUCGUGACGAAAGAACAGCAGGAGGCUUUCCUAGACACGUUGUUGAACGUUGGCGCAAAGUACCGUGAAGUGUACAACCUUGCUGCUGAGGAAGCAAAGUCGUUCUACGAGCUGACGGAUUUCGACAUGGACAAGAAGGAAGUCAAGAUGGACGAGUAUAAGGGUAAGGUUGUGCUAGUGGUGAACGUGUCGAGCAAGUGCGGUCUGACGUCUACGAACUACCCGGAGAUGCAACAGCUGUAUGCAAAGUACAAGGACGAGGGUUUGGUGGUGUUGGCGUUCCCCUGCAACCAGUUUGCUGGGCAGGAGCCGGAUACACAUGAAGAGAUCAUGGAGUUCGUGAAGCAGUACAAUGUGACGUUCCCGCUGUUUGAGAAGCACGAUGUGAACGGGUCAAACGCUCGUCCGGUGUUUACAUACCUCAAGGCAAAACUGCCUGGAACGUUUGGGAAUUACAUUAAGUGGAACUUCACCAAGUUUUUGGUAGACCGCAAUGGCCAGCCGUUCAAGCACUACGCGCCGAAUGACCUUCCUUUUUCAUUUGAGGAGGACAUCAAGGAGCUACUGGCGAAAGCGCCUGAGCCGGAGAAGACGGAGGAAGAGGUCCAGGAGGGGGAAGCGGAAGCCGUCAAGUUGGACGAGGAGGCGACGACAGAGAAGAUGGAAGAAACCGUUAUUACUGAGGUUGUCAAGUCUGACGUGAAGGAAGAAAUUUCUAUCACAGAGGUGGUCGAGAUCAAGGAGGAGACUACCAAGUCGGAAGAUGUUGCGGUGACUGUGGCGGCGCUUUAA